AUAAAAAUUAACACUUGCUCAUUCAUAGUACUACCAACGAAAAUAAGACGGUUUGUCAUACAAAAAGCUUCAAUAAUUUUUAGUGUUUUUGUAACUUUGCCAGCAGAAAGUUGUAAAAUAGUAAAAAAAAAAAAGUUUAAAAAAAAAGUUUUGGUAUAACUUAACACCAGCUACCCGCUUUAAUUUUACAAAAUGGCCACCAGGGAUUUACAGUUAAAUUCUGGCAUGCGUUGUGCCAAAUACAUGUUACUCAUUGUUAGCUUUAUGUUUGCUAUCACCGCCAUUUUAUUGGUUAUGGUUGGUUCAACCAUUCAGGCAAUAUUUGGUGAUUUUCGACAAUUCGUAGACGAUCAUUUCCUUUCGCCACCAGCUCUUCUAAUAGCUAUUGGUUUCAUUUUAAUCUUUGUAGCUACAUUGGGGGCUUACGGUGCCAUCAAGGAGAGUGUAAUGCUUAUAAAUUUGUAUGGUGUUUGCUUGUUUUUGGUCUUUAUUUUGGAAGUCUCUGCCUCUAUUGCCGCCUUCGUUAUGCAAGGACAAGUACGUGAAAUGUUAGUGCGCACCCUUAAUCAAUCGAUGGCCGAUUAUGAGAAAAAUGAAUAUAUUCAGACCGGUGUGGAUUUCAUGCAAAGUGGUUUAGAGUGUUGCGGUGUUGAUGGUCCCAAGGAUUGGGUUAAAUAUAUGAAUCAGACCAGCAAUAAUAUGGAGGAUGAAGUUUCGGUACCUUAUUCUUGUUGCGGUCGCUUCAAUAUGCAAGAUGCUACCAAGUGUGAUGUACAAUAUGAGAAUGGUUGUUUUGCUCGCAUGGAUUUCAUUAUUUCUCAAAGUACCAUGUUGAUUGCUACGGGUGCUACAACUGUGGCUUUUGUACAGGUGAGUGGUUUGUCAUACGGUUUUUUAGAAACUCGGUAAACUAUACUCGAUGAA